UUUUUGUAAUUCCCAUUAAUGUGUUAAUAAAUCGACUUAUUUUAGUAGACUUGGCACUAUUGUCACGGAAAACCAUAUAGGUUUCGCUCGGUGCUUUUUCGCAUAUUAAAAUCAAGAAAAAUAUGUAAAAUUUGUACAUAGAUUCCACUAAAAAAUACAAUUUUUAUAAAUAUUGUGUAUAGUUUAAAUAUAAAAUUCGAUAACAUAUUUGUUGGGCUUAACAAAAUACGGAGAAAGUUUCACCUACUUUGAGGUUAUGAUGCUUCCAUAAUAAACAUUAGAAACUUGUGAAUAUUAAGUUAAAAACAAUUUGUUGAAAAUAAAUAUGAAUGUACCGCCAGCUGCUCCUGCUGUUCCGCCAGCUAUGGGCGGUAUGGGAUUUCCGCCGACAAUAGUGCCACAAUUUAAUAUACCACCACCUGGUUUUGGUGGCCCUCCACCACCCGAAUUAGCAGCUGCUUUUGGUGCAGCGCCGCCUAAUACCGAAUGGACAGAACAUAAAGCUCCGGACGGGCGCCCUUAUUACUAUAAUAAUGUGACUAAGCAAAGCUCCUGGGAGAAGCCGGAGGCGUUAAUGUCGCCGGCGGAAAGAUUACAGCAUCAAUGUCCUUGGAAAGAAUAUCGAUCAGAUGCUGGGAAGGUUUAUUAUCACAAUAUAAACACCAAAGAGUCACGAUGGGAAGCGCCAGCUGAAUUUGUGGAUAUGCAGGCUAAAGUUAAGGCGGAGGAAGCGGCGGCCGCUGCUAAAGCUGUGGCAGCAAUGACUUCUUCCAGCUUAGCAGGCAUAGUGCCACCAUCGGCUUUAGCCAAUAUAUUGCCUGCCACUUUGCCUACAGUGACGAAAAUUAACACUCCUGAUAUUCACUCACCUCUUACACCAGGCAGCAAUGAGAAUUCAUCAUCUGCUUUGGAUCAUGCCAUGGCGGCCACUCUAGCGUCCAUAGAAAUUCCUGCGACCACCAACAAUAAAGAAGAUAAAGAAAACAAGAAAGAGGCUACCGAAGAUCCAAAACAGGUAUUUAAAGAUAAGAAGGAAGCUAUUGAGGCUUUCAAAGAUCUUUUACGCGAAAAGAACGUACCGUCGAACGCUAAUUGGGAUCAGUGUGUAAAAAUCUUAUCUAAGGAUCCACGUUAUAAUGCAUUUAAAAAUCUAAAUGAAAAGAAACAGACUUUCAACGCUUAUAAAACACAGAAACUCAAAGAUGAAAAGGAAGAAGCUCGCUUACGAGCGAAAAAAGCUAAAGAGGAUUUGGAGAAAUUUUUAAUGACGUCUGAAAAAAUGAAUUCAGGUGUUAAAUACUAUAAAUGCGAAGAGAUUUUCGCCGGAAACAAAAUUUGGACUUCAGUGCCGGAACAAGAUCGUCGCGAUAUCUAUGAAGAUUGCAUCUUCAAUUUAUCUAAACGGGAAAAAGAGGAGUCUCGAAUAUUAAAGAAGCGCAAUAUGAAGGUGCUGGGCGAAUUGCUAGAGUCCAUGACCACAAUUAGUUACUGUACUACAUGGGCUGAGGCCCAAGUGAUGCUGUUGGAAAAUUCAGCGUUCAAAAAUGAUGUUAAUCUCUUGGGUAUGGAUAAAGAAGAUGCUCUUAUAGUGUUUGAAGAGCACAUACGCACAUUGGAGCGAGAAGAGGAGGAAGAACGGGAACGAGAAAAGAAACGGUUAAAGAGACAACAGCGCAAGAAUCGAGAUGCUUUUCUAACUUUGCUGGACUCUUUGCAUGAAGAGGGAAAACUAACAUCGAUGUCAUUGUGGGUGGAAUUAUACCCUAUUAUUUCGGCUGAUAUACGUUUUUCCGCAAUGCUUGGUCAAAACGGCUCUACACCUUUGGACUUGUUCAAAUUCUACGUGGAAGAUUUAAAGGCACGCUACCAUGAUGAAAAGAAAAUCAUUCGAGAAAUUUUAAAGGAAAAACUCUUCCUUGUUAAAGCCAGUACAAGCUUUGAAGAUUUUGCUACUGUGGUUUGCGAAGAUAAACGUUCAGCCACAUUGGAUGCGGGAAAUGUAAAACUUACAUAUAAUUCUAUGUUAGAAAAAGCCGAAGCCAUUGAGAAAGAACGUUUAAAAGAAGAAACAAAACGUCUGCGGAAAUUGGAAAAUGAAAUUAAAAAUGAAUGGCUGGAGGCAAAUGUUUCAAUACAUGAACCGUAUGAAUCGGCCCAGAAAUUGGUCGAGCACCUAGAAGCAUUUGCUAUCUAUGAGAAAGAGGUAGGGGUGCAAAAAAUUUGGGAAGACUUCAUUAAAGAGAGUGAAGACGCUUGCAGCCAUCACCAUGCGAGGUCAAGAAAAUCCAAGAAAAAUAAAAAGCAUAAGAAGCGCACACGUUCCAGCUCGAAAUCGGAUAUUGAAAACGAACCUCUAGACUUCGAACGGGAGAAGAACAAAAAAAAAAAAUCACGAUCACGUUCGCUGUCCGUUAGCUCCAGCGUGAGUAUGGAUAGUGAUCGUGCUUCAAAAAAGAAGAAGAAAAGAAAAAAUAAAAAAUCUUCCAGAGAUUCCUCCUGUGAGUCUGAACGCGUUUUAUCUGUAAAUGGUUCACCUACGGCGUUAUUGGAAAGUAUUGAUAUGCCUUCGCAUAAGAAGAAGAAGAAAGAUAAAAAGAACAAAAAAGAAAAGGAACGCAAACACCACCAUGAUAAGCAACAUUCUGCGACGCCCCUAAGUCCUUCAGCUAGUAAUUCAGAGGGCGCCCAUUCUCAGGCUAGUUCACGUAAUGAAAAUGACGAGCAGGCUUUAAGCGAGUCGGAAUUAGAAUCAAAACGCGCCGCUCUCCUGGCUCAACUUAACGAACAAAUGGAGGAAUAGAAAAAUAUUUGUAAUAUUAACAGAAUCCUCUUGAACUAGUUUUAAGUUUAGCUUCUAUGAAACACAUACACAUGCACGCACGAGCCAACACACCUCUGUAUUUAUGUUCGAUUUGACUUAAGAAUACUUCAACUUUUUACUCCUAGAAAACAACAGAAAAGAUUGAAAUCCUUACAACAAUUAUAACAAUUUUGUGGUGUUCUUUUCUUAUCCUUAAAAAAAGUGAAAUAAACAGUAAUGGAAAGAAAA